GCUUCACAGACUUGGUAUCGGCACCGCGGAGACGUCCUGCGUCCGGCCGCAGAGCGAGUCGGGAAACGAUUUUAAACGAACGAGGUGGCUGAACGCCAAUUUGCCGCUUCUCAAAGGCGGGAUUUCCGAGCUGGCGUUGGCCUCUGAGGGCUCAAGUGGAGAGGGGCGAGGUGGGACGCACUGUCCCUUGCCCUUUCCCUCCGCGGGCUGGAGCUGACUCCUUAUGAGCGAGGGUCGCGGAGCUGGUGGUUGAGGCAGCGGAUAUAUCCCUUCCGGCUUGAGGUGCCAGGCUGGGCUGGCGUCUUUGGGAGCGGAGGUCUUUCUGGGCUCGUUUGCGUCCGUCUUGAAGCGUCUUGUGGUGGAGCUUGAGGGAAUUUGGGAGGGCCAGGGGUUCCUCUGGACUUUCUCUUUGCUGUCAUUUUGGCGGCUUUUUUACCUCGAGGGAUUUCAGUUUUGAUGGAGUUUUGGAUCCCGGCUUGAAGAAUGAUUCGUGAAGGGAAUGGGUGACAGCGUCAUCACGGCAUUUUAUUGAUCAUAACUCCUUUCAAUUUCGGGGUUCUAUGAAAUACUUCUGUUCAGUUAAACCAAUACUUCCUUAACAAAGAGUAUUCAGCAUUAUAGUAGGACCAUGGAUUCUUAUGAUGCACCGGAAUUGACUCCUAGACAAGACGCCUCCUCAAGGCUUAAAGAUUUCUUUAUAGGCGCCACCCCUCUGCAGAAACGAUUAGAAUCAGUCAGGAAGCAGACUUCAUUUAUCCCAACUCCACCACGAAGGAAAAUCCCCCAGGGUUCACAACUGCAGGAAGAUGUUGAUCCUCAAAAGUUUGCAUUCCUUCUGCAUAAACAAUGGACUUUAUAUAGUUUAACUCCCUUAUAUAAAUUCUCCUAUACUAAUUUCAAAGAGUACUCUAAACUUCUGAAUGCAUUUGUUGCUGCUGAAAAGCAGAAAGGACUUGCUGUGGAAGUGGGAGAUGACUUCAACAUCAAAGUGGUUUUCUCUACUCUCAUGGGAGUGAAAGGAACACAAAGAGAUCCUGAAGCAUUUCUUGUCCAGAUUCUGUCAAAAUCUCAAUUGCCAUCUGAGCACAAAGAAGGGAAAGUGUUGUGGACUGGUUGGUUCUGCUGUGUAUUUGGAGACAGUCUUCUGGAGACUGUUUCAGAAGAUUUCACCUGUCUACCCUUAUUCCUUGUAAAUGGUGCAGAGACUAAUACAGCUAUAAUUGGAACCUGGUUUCAGAAAACUUUUGACUGUUACUUCCGUCCCUUGGCAAUCAAUGCAUUUAAUCUUUCCUGGAUGGCUGCUAUGUGGACUGCAUGCAAAAUGGACCAUUAUAUGGCAACUACUGAAUUUCUUUGGUCUGUACCCUGUAGCCCUCAUAGUCUGGACAUUUCUUAUGCCAUACAUCCAGAAGAUGCAAAAGCUUUAUGGGACAGUGUUCACAAAACACCUGGGGAAGUGACCCAGGAGGAAGUUGACUUGUUCAUGGACUGCCUGUAUUCACAUUUCCAUAGGCAUUUCAAAAUUCAUUUAUCAGCCACAAGAUUGGUUUGUGUUUCAACAUCUGUAGCUUCAGCACAUACUGAUGGAAAAAUAAAGAUUUUGUGUCCUAAGUACCUUAUUGGAGUGCUGGCGUAUUUGACAGAACUGGCGGUUUUUCAAAUUGAGUGAGGUCUUAUAGGGACUAUAAGUUAUGGAUUAAAUACCUUUUUCUCACUGACUGUCUGCUUAAUUGCCAAACUGAGAGGGACUACAGGAGAAAUGGGCAUCUGUCCAUCUGUUUUCCUCACAGUGCCUUGGAGUUACCCAGAUGAAAGCCAAGAAGGAUCUAGAAGAACCAAGAAGGUGGUAGUGGAUGAACCACAGCCAGUUGCCUGUGUAAUAGUCAUGAUUGUCUGGGAUUCUAGUCUCUAGACUAUGUGGAGUUGUUCAUUUGUUGGCCAUCUUCCUCACAAAUAUAUUUUUAUUAUGUCAAACAUUUUAGGAUUCAAAUCAAAUACCUCUAAUACUGGAUACUUCUGGUUUGCAUCUUUAAAACCUUUAAUCCCUAUUUUUAAGCAUUUUAGACUUGCAUUCAGAGAGAUUUUCUGUCUUCUACAGACAUUUUCCUAGCAUCGUUUUGCUGUAGACAACCGGCAAUCAAAAUCCUCUCCAAAGGAACUAAAGUUGCUGUCCUUUUUAAGCCACUAAUAUGCUUCUGUUUUUAACUGUUUAAUUCUUAUUGCAAUGUUGAAUUAAAUAUUCACUUUUAAAAUGAAA